AUGAAUUUGGAAAAUUCAGACGAAGAAAAUAAUUCUAGCACAGUCAUUGAUAAGUCAACACCCUUAACAAAAAGGGAAUCGAUAGGAUGGUGGUUUCUUUGUGCUGCAAACGGGGUUUAUAGCGGUUCUCCAAUAGGAGUGCUCAUUCCUUUACUCUUGGAAAAUCUAUCUGGUCGGGCUGGAUACGAACUUGAUCUUGUGACUCCAUGUAACACUGCAAGCUUUAUCGAUACCAGCUCGUAUUCAUUAUACAUAAUUUCAAUAUCAAUAUUAGUACAAACAAUCUUAUUCGUUAGCUGCGGUUCUUUAGCCGAUCAUGGAAAUAUGCAAAAAAUAUUCGCCUUAUUUUAUGGCUUAAUAGGUGCCAUCACAACGAUUUUGUUCAUAACUGUUACUAAUCCUCAACUAUAUUUGUUGGCUGGAGUAUUUGCUAUUAUAUCAAAUUGUUGUUACGGUGCAUCAAACGUCUUUACUAUUGCAUAUAUCCCAAUAUUUGCUCGAAAUCAUCCAAAGGUUAUAGAUGCAAAAAAUUCAGAUGUUCCUAUCUCCGAAAUUAAAAAAUUGGAAGAUAAAAUGACUGUUAAAUUCUCAACGAUUUCAUUAAUUGCGGCAAUUUUUGCUGCUAUGGUAGUAAUGUUUACUACUGGUGGAAUUCUUGCAUUAUUAAAAGAUUCUCCAUAUGCCAUUCAAAUUGCAUUAGUAUUUGCUGGUUCUUGUUGGCUGAUUCUUUUAAUAUUUCCGGCAAUGUGGUUAACUAAGAGGCCAAAACCUCCUUUACCAAG